CUAGAAUUUGUUUAGGAAUAAAAAUAUUGGUGAUGAUAAAAGUUCUCCUCCGUCUACAAACGCAACAAAAUGGUUGAAGAACACUUGGACGUCCUCACCAGUUCCGGUCAGAAAACCGGAAUCUCCAAACCUAGGGGAGCAGUUCAUAGAGAUGGGGAUUAUCAUCGAGCAGUUCAUGUGUGGAUAUUUGCUGAAAGUAGUCAACAACUUCUUCUCCAGAAACGAGCUGAUUCCAAGGAUUCAUGGCCAGGACAAUGGGAUAUCUCUAGUGCCGGUCAUGUAUCUGCAGGGGAUUCUUCUCUCAUCACUGCCAGGAGAGAGCUUCAAGAAGAGCUUGGUCUGACACUCCCAGAAGAUGCCUUUGAGUUGCUAUUUGUUUUCUUGCAACAAAGUGUCACAAAUAACGGCACCUUCUUCAAUAAUGAAUUCGAUGAUGUAUAUCUGGUGACAACAGUAGCCCCUAUUCCUUUGGAGGCUUUUACUCUUCAGGAAUCUGAGGUUUCUGCUGUUAAAUAUAUCUCCGUUGAGGAGUAUAAACAGGCACUCACUAUAAAAGAUCCUCAAUAUGUUCCAAACAGCAUAGAUGGACAAUAUGGUCAACUUUUUGACAUAAUUGCUAAAAGGUACCAAAGUAAUGUGGAAGCACGAUGUUUGGAUAUUCAAAAGAAGAUCAAUCGUUAUGCUCAUAUUACACUUAGUGCCGAGUUGACUGGUCUGACUGAAGAAGACAAGGAAGCUCUGGUUUUAGUCAUUCAUGCUGCACGAUUGAUGGAUAAUAUAUUUCAUCAGCAGGUUUGGUGCAGCAAUCCAUCUCUACGGGACUGGUUAAAGGGGCGUGCUCAAAUUUCUGAAUUCGACAAGUUAAAAUGGAUUUAUUAUUCAAUAAACAAAACUCCAUGGUCUUGUCUUGAUGAAAAUGAAGCGUUUUUGACGACUGCAGACUCGGCCAUUAUAUUAGUCCCUGAAGCCGCAAAACCAAAUGUUGGUUGGAAAGGUGUUGAAUACAAGGCUGCUUUUCCAUUGUGGAAACCACCUGGAGCCAAUUUCUACCCUCCAGACAUGGAUAAAAUGGAAUUUGAGUUGUGGACAAAAGGUGAUGAAAAACAAGAUGCUGCUGGAUUUUUCAGUAUUAUUAAAAGGAACACUGAUUCUGCCAGUGAUCUCUAUAGCGUUCCAUAUUCUCAAGAGUAUUCAUCAUUUCUCACAAGAGCUUCCGAAUUAUUGCAUAAAGCAGGCGAUUUGACAAGUUCACCUAGUUUGAAGAGAUUGCUACAUAGCAAGGCUGAUGCUUUCCUUUCAAAUGACUACUAUGACUCUGAUAUAGCCUGGAUGGAAUUGGACUCUAAGUUGGAUGUUACCAUUGGCCCGUACGAGACGUAUGAAGAUGUACUAUUUGGAUACAAGGCUACGUUUGAGGCAUUUAUUGGAGUUCGGGACGAUAAAGCAACUGCUCAGGUUAAACUAUUUGGGGAUCAUUUGCAGGUUUUGGAGCAAAAUCUUCCAAUGGACUCCAUCUAUAAGUCGUCAGAAGUGAUAUCCGCACCUAUUCGUGUUGUUCAGCUUGUUUAUAAUUCGGGGGAUGUGAAGGGUCCUCAAACUGUUGCAUUCAAUCUUCCAAAUGAUGAACGUAUAGUCAAAGAUCGUGGAACAUCCAUGGUGAUGCUGAAGAAUGUUUCUGAGGCAAAGUUCAAGCUUAUUCUUCAGCCUAUAGUGGAUGUCUGUAUCAUAAAGGAACAGCGGGAAUUGGUUGACUUUGACUCUUUUUUCACUCACACAAUUUGCCAUGAGUGCUGUCAUGGGAUAGGACCACAUACCAUAACACUUCCAAGUGGUCAAAAGUCAACUGUGAGAUUGGAGCUACAAGAACUCCAUUCAGCUAUGGAAGAAGCUAAAGCUGACAUUGUUGGUCUCUGGGCCUUAAAAUUCUUGAUUGAUAAGGGUUUGCUUCCAAAGAGCCUGGUCAAGUCCAUGUAUGUUUCUUUUCUUGCAGGUUGCUUCCGCUCUGUUCGUUUCGGGUUAGAAGAAGCUCAUGGAAAAGGACAAGCACUGCAGUUCAACUGGUUAUAUGAGAAAGGGGCAUUUGUUUUACAUCCUGAUGAAACAUUUUCUGUUGACUUUGACAAGAUUGAAGAUGCAGUGGAGGGUUUAAGUAGGGUUAUACUAACAACACAAGCAAAAGGUGACAAAGAUGCAGCACAACAGCUUCUUGCUAAUUACUGUGUGAUGACAAAACCUUUGAAAGUUGCUUUGGAAAAACUCGAAAUGGUUCAGGUUCCAGUGGAUAUAGCACCCGAGUUUCCCGUUGUUGAUGAAUUGUUUCAGGAGAAGUAGGUUUUGUUGAUGACAUUCUUUCUGAAUGUUGGAACCAUUUUUCAAUAAAAGCCCAAGUGUCACAGCCCAACAUAGCAAAUAAGCCCAAGGUGGAGCCAUGUGGGUUACGUAACUAUGCAGAAGAUUGGAGGAUGCAACGUUAAGUUUUUGACUUUCAAAUGUUUGUUUCAGUGUGCUAUAUAAUAAAGGAAUUAGUGGGAUGACCACAUUCCAAGUAUUCGUAAAAUUAGGACCUUAUUUGUUUCGUUAACGUUAUGAUUGUAACUCCUUAUAAGGAGAGUGUUGCUUGUGAUAAUAAUAUUCAGAAAAUUGCUUCAUCUUUCUCUAUUA